GCCUCGCCCCCUCUUAUUCUUACUAAAAUAAUGCCCGCUGUUGGCGACCAGCACCGAGGCAGCCCAGCGACCAUUAUGAUGCAAACUUCCGCUGCAGCAAUGUCCGCGAACCCAUUUGACGAGCCCCAAAAACGCAUCAGUAGUUUUACCGCCCAGGAAAUCGCAACGCUCCAAGCGCGCCUCGACAAGAAACUCGGCCCGGAAUACAUCUCCUCCAGACCCGGCGCUGCGGGACAGAGGGUGCAUUAUCUGCCGGCGGAUAAGUGCAUCAACCUCGCGAACGAAGUCUUCGGCUUCAAUGGCUGGUCCAGCUCAAUCCAGAAUAUCACGGUGGAUUUUGUCGAGGAGAACCCAAACACGGGCAAGGUUAACUUGGGGCUCUCGGUUGUCGUGAGAGUAACCUUGAAAGACGGGACAUAUCAUGAGGAUAUCGGUUACGGUCAUAUGGAGAACGCCAAAGGAAAGGCUGCUGCUUUCGAAAAGGCUAAGAAGGAAGGGACCACGGAUGGCCUCAAGCGAGCGUUGAGGAACUUUGGCAAUGUCCUGGGUAACUGUGUCUACGACAAAGAUUACGUCGCCAAAGUCACCAAAGUCAAGGCCAUGCCGGCUAAAUGGGACGUCGACGAACUUCAUCGCCACCAGGAUUAUGCGCCCAUCAAGAAAGAGCCCGUUAAGCCGAAGCCAAGCCCAGAAGACGACAACCUCCCACCCCGUCCGGCAGAGAUUGGAAGGAGCAGCAACGGCGAUGAUCCGAUGGCAUUUGACGGCGAUGGAGAGUUCGGGAGUGACCUUUUUGACGAAGCCGACUUCGGUGACGGCGGAGCAGGCAAUCCAGACGAGAUCGUCCUGGGACCGGAAACACACCGAAUGCAGCAACCUCCCACGCCUCUGAACGGGGCGAAUGCUCAUCGACGGCCCUUCGACCACAACGCCCGACCCAAUCCCGCCAUGGUAACGCCAUCCAAGCCCGAACGACCCUUCAAUGCCGCCCCUGCAGCCAGACACAUCCCCGCGCCUCAGGCUUUCCACAACCGCCCCGCCGCUCCAGACCAAUACGCACCUCAACGACAGUCCGCCCCCCCUCAGAGCCUCCAACCCAACAACCGGAUGAUUCCCCCAGCCCAACAAAACACAUUCGGGGCCCAGGUCCCCAUCAAGCGCGAGCAAGGAGCACCCCCCACCACCAUGAACAUCGACCCCAAACCCCAAGAUACCCUCCCCUCCGGCACGCCCUCCGCAUCAUUCUUCUCCGCCCGCGCCGUCGACCUCCUCCGCGACAACCCCAACGGCAUGCCAACCAACGCUCCGGCCUUCGACCCACACGCCGAAAGCCCUUCGAUCCGCAAAACCGCCGGCAUCGACCACAACAAGAGCGUCCCGAUCUCCAGACCCAUGCUCACCGGCACCGGCGCCUCUCCGGCCCCGAACAACACCCGCGACUACAUCAACCCGUCGCAGGACAUGCACCGGAAGAUCGGAGCCCCGGGGGGCGCUGGCGUCGGCAGUCCCAUGACCAGAGGCCCGUCAACUUCAUCUUAUCGUCCCCUGACACGUCCCAACAUUGAUCCUCGAGCCGGAGCCGGAGCCGCAGCCGCAGGUGCAGCCGCAGGUGCAGCCGUCCCCGGUGCUGCGCAUCGCGCACCGCAAGCCAUGCCGCAGAACAUCAACGGGAAACGGCCCCCCUUGUCGGAUGUCACGAAUGCUUCGAACCCCGGUGGCAGCGGGCCUGCUCCGGUGGGUGUGGUGAAUGAUCCGAAACGACCCAGAAUGAACCAGGGUAUCCCUGGACCGCCGCAGCAACCGCCGCUAUAGUGGCUAUGAUACACGCGGUAUUCUGCAUUGCUGAGAACCUCAUGAUGUUUAUUAUUAUCGGUAUAUUCAUUCACUCAUUCAUUGAUACUCUGGCGUUCAGGAAUCCACGGAAUGGAACGGAACGGAUGGGAUGGG